AUGUCGAAGCAGGCUGAUCCAGAGGCGAUUUCCAAUUUCCUUGCAAACCAGCGAGAUGAAGCACCCAUCGAACUUCAACACAUCUUCCUCUCAUUUGAAGAUCUUUGGGAACGGAAGCUGUGGCAUCAACUGACAGACACACUUCUGGAAUAUUUUUCCAACCCAGAAAGCACUGCUCAGAGAUUACCGAUCUACAAUACCUUUAUCAUCAGCUUCGCUGACAAGAUCAACCAACUUAAACUGGUGAAAUUGGCCUUGAGUGCUUCUGCACAAAUCAAAGAUGAUACCGAACGAAGUCAGUUUCUCAAGUCCCUGGCGGAGAGAGUGGACAAGCCAGAUUCUGAAGAAGCGCAUGUUUACACCGUCACCGAACUCGCCAGCGUGUACCUAAGAUUAGGCGAAUCAUCAAAAGCAAGAGAACAACUCGAUAAAGCCCAAAAGACACUGGAUCAAUUCGAUUUCGUCGAGAACGUUGUUCACGCAGCUUUCUACUGUGUUAAUGCCGAUUAUUUCCAAGCCGAAAGCGAUUACACGUCGUACUACAGAAAUUCCCUCCUCUACCUUGCAUGCAUAGACGAGUCCGAGUUGACACCUGAGCAACAACAACACAGAGCAUAUGACCUAGCAAUCGCGGCGCUUGUGUCGGACACGAUCUACAAUUUUGGAGAGCUUCUAUUGCAUCCCAUUCUCGACGUUCUCAAACCACCACACCCAAAAUCAUGGUUGCGCGAUCUUCUCUUUGCUUUCAAUCGCGGAGAUUUGGCAGCUCUUGAUCGGAUGUCAAAUAAUCUGAGCCAAGAUGAGAUUCUCGAAUCACAUCGACUAUUUCUGUGGCAGAAGAUCAACCUGGCCGCACUGACCGAAUUAGUCUUCAAACGACCACCACACGAUCGUGCAAUGACUUUCAAGACAAUUAGUCAAGAAACAAAUGUGAAGCCCGAUGAAAUUGAACACUUGGUCAUGAAGGCCUUGAGUUUAGGUCUAUUGAGAGGAAAGAUUGAUCAAGUUGCUGGUAUUGCGAGGAUCAACUGGGUCCAACCCAAAGUUCUGGAACGAAGUCAGAUUGAGGGUAUGAGAAUUCGACUCAAGGAAUGGGACAGCAAUGUCAAUGAUUUGGGUCAUUGGAUAGAAGGCGUUGGCAAAGAUGUUUGGGCAGCAUGA